AUGGCUCGCAUAUCGCAUAAGCCUGCGAAGCCCACAAAUUCUAGAGAGCCUGAAGGAGGGUCAUAUAAUGCACGGCAGAAACGACUAAUAGAUCGUAUUUACGAAGACGUACCUGUACCUUCUCAGAACACUGUAAUGUACGGUGUCAUGCGGGUGUCCCAUCAAGCAUAUGACUACACCGCCGAGAUUGAAGUCACCAAGGACGAAAUUGAAGAGGUAACAUGGAUUAGUGAACCACAAGUCGAGGUCAGUUACUAUGCGGAUUUGAAACUUAUUAGAACGGCAUUUAUUCAAACGAAAUUUUCCGACGACUAUCACAAGGGUGUUAAACUUACCGACAGGAUAUAUGAUCUCCAGUGGUUAGCAUCUCUUAUCAUUGUCAUCAAAUUUGAGGGGGGAACACUCGAAGAUAUCCCAGAGAUUCGAAAGAUGGCGUUUCCAAUUUAUGACAGGCGUCACCAAAUUUCGGGGAUGGAUUACGAUGGCACUGAGGAUCCUCUCACUUUUUCCUACGUCGAGACCCCUCCUACGUCAGACCACGAAAAUUGA